CAGGCUUUCAGUGUGUUCUUCCUUGGAUGUGGUUCCUGUCGUUCUAGUGGACGAUCACGAUGUUUUUGGCUCCUGCACACAUCGCGUUAUCUAAAUCUCCAGAGAAAGUAACAAACUCUUCGAUCAUUAAGAAAUUCCCUGUAAAGUUUUGGCGUAUUGUAAAUUCGUGUAAAACGGGAGCUGUUUGUUGGGGGUUUGGUGGCAAUUCUAUCCGAAUUCUCAAGGAAAGAUUCGAGGAGGAGUAUCUAUUUGGAGAAAACAAACCUUUCAAAACCGCUACAUUUAGCAGCUUUAUCAGGCAACUGAAUCUUUACGGAUUUAAAAAGAUCGUAAGACCUUCUAUAAUCAAUGAACACGGUCAGAAGUUGAAUACUUCACUGGUAGAGUAUAAGCACGCUUUGUUCCUCAAAGGCCACCCGGAACUUCUCCAACGUAUACACCGAAACACCAAAACACAAAAGAGAAGGGAGAGGAAGAAUCCGUCGGGAGAAUCGACUCAGUCUGUUCCCGUUUGUGUUUCGGACCCCAAGAUAAAGAGGGAAGUCAGAGAAGAUGGCUAUGGGUACACAAUCCAUCGGCAGGUUAUCAAAGAAGACGGAGUUUCAGCGUUUCAAGACGUCACGAAUCUGCAGGAUAGAACAUCUGGUAAAAGUGUACCCUGGGAAAGUGUUCCUGACCAAGCUGCAUCGCCUUCUACUUUACCAGCAUGCACUGGACAGACCCUGGUCAGCGUGCAACUCCCCGUGACCAAGCUGCCACUGUUCAGACAACCACCUGGCAGGAACAUGGUGAAGUUUGCCCCAGGUCCUUAUGGACAUGCAGCCAACAGCAAACCCUCAAUCCAACAAAUAGCACCUGUCAACAUAAACAGACCCAACUCAGCUAAUGCAGCUGUGCCAUAUCCACUACUGGGACACAAUCGGAACACUGGUCCUCUGGAUAUGAUCAAAUUGGAACCAUCUCUUGAUACUGUGAAACCCGACACUGGAACUGGAAGACGGAUUCGUCAAGUGUGUGAGGCUUUACCACCGGUGCCUAAUUACAGACUCAACACAUCUGAUGUACCAAUUCCGGGAUUGAUGCUUGAUACAACACACCAGCUGAGUAGAAACAUUAGCUUGAAUCCAGAUCAGAAACCACAACCAGUAAGUUGCACUGCUGGGACAUUUCCUAUACAGCCUUGCCCAGUCCAAACACAUCCCCAUGGCUUUGCAAUGGCACAUGGCCUAACAUCUAAUGUGUCAAAACCUAUGAGACAUAAUGUAUUUCCUGGAAAUACACAAAGGCAUCCUGUUCUGUACAUAAACAAAACUCCCAGAAUCCCAAUAGCACCUCGACCUGUGAUGAAUACGGCACAAUUCCAAAGACCACCUCCACUUCGUCCUCAGUAUGCACUGUACGACAAUGAGAAACCGACUGUCCCCAAAAUAGAUAAUUCAGGAUGUGGUGAGAUGGCUAUUCAUCCACUUCUUAGACCUGUGCGUCAAACCUUUGACUGUACUAGUGUUUCUAAUGCCACGGAUGCGACCACUUAUUCUAAGUAUGUCCUGAAGCCGAAUAUUCAUCUUCAAAGCAUUCCUGUUGAUACAUCGUCAGCCAGUGAACAUACAGAGUCCAAUGUGUCCUUGGAUGAUGAUAGACUUGUAGAUCUGUCCCAUUUCAAGCUAUCAUCUACCUUGAAGGAUAUAGAUGCACCAUGUGAAGAGAACAUAGAAGUCGUCGACUAUAACAGCCACACACUUUCUACAAGCUAUAUUAUCAAUACAGCAACUUCAGGAGUUACAACAAUAACAUCUUCAGUCCCGGCUGCAGAACAAACAUGUCAAGUUCCUGAACAUAACAUGAAAAUAUCACCUGAGGAUACAUUUUCAGUUCCAGCAAAAGAUGACAACCAAAUUUGUUCUGAGGAUUCAACAGCUAGUUCACCAAGUCCGGCAACAGCAUUUUGGGAGGUGACGACAUUAACUCCACCAUCUACAGGACCUAAACGACAACUGUUCAAAAACAGUGUGACAAGAAGACUCACAAUCCCAGUGAGUGGACUUCCUCGGGACCUGUUCUCAGUCCAGACAGCAGCAGGUGAGAUCACUGACCAGAGUGAAGCAGUCAUAACUCUAGAGACUUCAGAGGAUGGACAUGUCACUGGACAUCUGAUACUGCCUGGUAAAGAUGCUGAAGGGUCCAAAAGCACCGAAUUGUAAAACACAAGCUUUAUGUACUAGUGACUGAAGAAUAGUAGGUCUCUGUCCAUUAUGCACCAGAGUGAAGUUGUACAAUGCCACAAGAACACACGUUUUAUAUAUUACUGAAGAAAGAAUAGUAAAUCUCUAGCUACAACCCAGUUUGAAUAGUCAGUUAAAAGUAUCUUGUUAACAUGAGAACUGAUUUUCAAAGUGCCAUUGUUCAUUGUCUACACAUGAGGCACAUUUACAAAAUGACGUCUACAGGGAUCAAUGUGUUGUUUCUUAGCACACUGGGCGUUAGGAAUGGAUCUGGGGGACUAUAUACUUGUAUAUUGUAAUGCCAUGUAUCACAAAAGUG